UUUGGGCGAGUCUGCAAAAACAAAAGCAGCCAAAUUGGAUGGAGAUCAUACAAGAAGAUAACAAAGGCGUUACUUUUUUUUCUUUUUGGACUACACAUGUAUCUACUAAAGUUGAUAAAAAACCUUUUUGUUUUAUUUUGGAGUAAAGAAAGUAUAUAAGUAUUACAUAGAGCAGAAAAUGAUGAAAGUAAAAUCCAGGGAGGGGGUUGGUGGUGAAGAAGACGACGAAAAAGGCGUGCUUAACGCUCAUACCUCUUUUAGGUUUUUGUCAACGAUCCGCGGAUUCCCCCUUUUGCAUUAGAUUCCCUGAAAUUCCCCCCUCCCUCCAGCUUUCUCCGAUCAAUAUCGAAAUGGGUUCGUUCGGGAUGCUUUCGAGGAGAUCACUGGCCACGGAUAUGCCCGUCAUGGCUCAGAUUCGGAAAUUGAUGGCGGAAUUGACGAACCCCAUGUCUCUCGCUCAGGGAGUGGUGCAUUGGCAACCCCCUGAAAAGGCCUUAGCAAAGGUGAAGGAGCUUGUGUGGGAUCCCACCAUUAGCUCCUAUGGACCCGAUGAAGGUAUUCCCGAGUUAAGAGAGGCUCUCCUCAAUAAGCUGCGUGACGAGAAUAAGCUAACCAAAUCAGCAGUGAUGGUUACUGCAGGUGCCAAUCAGGCGUUUGUGAAUCUUGUUCUUACACUAUGUGAUGCUGGUGAUUCGGUCGUCAUGUUUGAGCCAUACUACUUCAACGCCUACAUGGCCUUCCAGAUGACAGGAGUCACCGACAUUAUUGUUGGUCCUGGCCAUCCACAGACUCUCCAUCCCGACGCUGACUGGUUAGAGAGGACACUCUCCGAGUCUAAACCCACCCCGAAAGUUGUAACUGUUGUGAAUCCUGGCAACCCGAGCGGCACCUAUGUCCCUGAACCGCUGCUUAAGAGGAUUUCGGAGAUAUGCAAAGAUGCAGGGUGUUGGCUGAUUGUAGAUAACACAUACGAGUAUUUCAUGUAUGACGGGUUAAAACACUGUUGCGUUGAGGGAGACCACAUUGUUAACGUCUUCUCCUUCUCUAAAACCUACGGGAUGAUGGGUUGGAGGCUUGGAUAUAUAGCUUACUCAGAGAGGUUAGAGGGGUUUGCAACAGAGCUAGUGAAAAUUCAGGACAACAUCCCAAUCUGUGCGGCCAUAAUAUCUCAGCGCCUGGCUUUAUACGCAUUGGAGGAAGGUGCUGGGUGGAUUGUUGAAAGGGUAAAGGGUCUGGUGAAGAACAGGGAGGUUGUUAAAAGGGCCCUCGAGCCGCUGGGGAAGGAGAACGUUAAGGGAGGAGAAGGAGCGAUUUACCUGUGGGCUAAACUGCCGGAGGAACACAGAGAUGAUUUCAAGGUGGUGCGGUGGCUGGCUCACCGUCAUGGAGUGGUGGUGAUCCCGGGCUGUGCAAGCGGUAGCCCCGGCCAUGUCCGGGUUUCCUUUGGAGGGCUGCAGGAGGAGCAAAUGAGAGCCGCCGCUGAGAGGCUGCGGAAAGGAUUAGAGGAGCUGGUUCUCCGUGGAUUGGUGGACUGAAACCUUACGUUAUAAUUAAGCUAUAAUUAAAAAAUAAAAUAAAAGAUUAAAGAGUGUUUGCUGUUUAUUCAAAUACUAUACAGCUGAUUCUAAAGUCACAUUGUAUUGGGAAACUUUAAUGUUGUUAUCCUGUUCCCUUUAGUUGUAUAUACAGUACUCUUUUACUUCAUACUAUAAAUGAUCUUCCAUUAAUAAACGCGAAAUUACCCUUUUCAUUUGUA